AUGUCUGCAAUCCUGUCUGCUGACGAUCUUAAUGAUUUCAUCUCACCAGGUGUAGCAUGUAUCAAACCUGUUGAGACACUACCGAAACAAGCACCUGAAGAGAUCAAUGCUUACGAAGUAACAACGGAAGACAAGCUCCAAAAGCAAAGUGCUCCGCCUGCUCAAAUCUCCUUAACAGACUGUCUAGCCUGCUCGGGAUGCGUUACCUCUGCAGAAGCUGUGCUGGUAUCGCUCCAAUCUCAUUCAGAAGUACUCAACGCACUAGAUUCACAACACUCCAUCGAUUUUUCUACAACUGGCAGUGAAUAUGGACCAAAUCAACAGGAAGGGAGACUCUUUGUUGCCAGCGUUAGCCCACAGGUGCGAGCGAGUGUGGCCGCUACUUACGGUGUCUCGGAGGCAGAAGCUGGAUGGAUGAUCGAUCAGCUGUUGGGUGGCCCACAAGGACUAGCGGCAGGGGGGAAAUAUGGCAAUGGCUUCACCUGGAUUGUUGACACGAAUGCUAUGCGAGAAGCAAGUUUGGUCUUGGGAGCAGACGAGGUGAUGGAGUCCCUGCAAACACCUGGCCUACAAGCGGCUUCCAACGACGACAGCGCCUCAACGGCAACACCUAAGAAGCCUAUACUCAGCUCGGCCUGUCCAGGCUGGAUAUGCUACGCGGAAAAGACCCACCCACACGUCCUCCCACACCUAUCAUGUUUAAGAUCCCCUCAAGCUCUCACCGGCACCCUCCUCAAGACCGUCCUUUCACAAUGUCUCAAUAUACGCCCCGACCAGAUAUGGCACGUCUCAAUAAUGCCGUGUUUUGACAAAAAGCUCGAAGCUUCUCGUGAAGAGCUCACCGACAUCUAUUGGCGGCCUCCAUCCACCACUGCUUUGGCCCAACCAGUCCGCGACGUCGACUGCGUUAUUACGGCUCGCGAAGUCUUGAUGCUGGCCGAUACUCGUGGGAUCAGUUUCCCUGCUUUACCUCGCACCCCCAUCUCCCGACCCGCCUUCCCCGAUCCCAUGCUCUCGUCCUUCCUCUUCCCGAAAUACCACCGAAAGCAGGCUUCCGAAGCCGGCACCUCAGGAGGCUAUCUCCAUCAUAUCCUCCAAGCCCAACUCAGUCUCAAUCCUUCUAGCUCCCUGAAAACCACCCGCGGCCGUAAUGCCGACGUCGUCGAGUACGCCAUUACCUCUCCCAAUCAAGAACAGCCCAUCUUCAAGGCAGCGCGCUACUAUGGCUUCCGAAACAUACAAAAUCUGGUACGGAAGCUCAAGCCUCAGAAGAAAAGCAGACUACCAGGCGGACGGGUUAGUGCAAGAGCUGCAUCUGCUGCCGGAGGAGCAGGAAUGGAUUAUGCAUAUGUGGAGGUGAUGGCGUGUCCAGGUGGUUGCACGAACGGAGGCGGGCAGAUCAAAGUUGAUGAUGUGCCUAUCAAGCCCGAAACAGCCAUGAGCCAGAAGGAGUGGUUGGCUAGAGUCGACGAAGCAUACUACUCGAUGUCUGAGAGUGAAUCCGAGAAUGAGAUUGACGACGCUAUGAAUACUGACGACAACGACAACGACAACGAAGAAGCGGGGAAAGUGGAGGGAAAAAACAGGAUCAAUGGUAUCGACACGACGCGUGUCAGGGAGGUGCUGGAGCACUGGGCGCAGACGACCGGUAUUGAUCUGCGGAAGCUGGUUACGACAAGCUAUCGGAAGGUGGAGAGUGACGUCGGGAAGGUUGGAGGAGCGGAGAAUGAGAGAGUGGUGGAACUGGCGGGGAAGAUUGGAGGAGGCUGGUAG